AAACAAAAGUUUAGCUCAUGGGGGAACCAACUUGUCUCAUGCACCAACAGCCAUUCUCUUAUGCUGCGGUUCCUCCUAGUCACUCGGAUCAGGGCAACCCAGUUCAUUCAUUUGGGCAGUCAGUAUCAUUUGGAAGGUUUACUUCAGAAUCUUUAGACUGGGAAAAAUGGUCAUCUUUCUCUCAUAAUAGGUAUGUUGAAGAAGCUGAAAGAUUCUCUCGCCCGGGGUCGGUUGCGCAGAAGAAAGCUUUCUUUGAAGCACAUUACAAGAAUCUUGCUGCACGAAAGGCUGCAGCUUUGCUUGAGCAAGCAAAUGCAAAUAAAGUGCCUGACCAUGAACAUUCAAGUGAAUUUCAAGAUUGUGAGACCAAAGAUUUAGAUAAACUGACCGCAAACUCUGAUCAGGAUCUUGAUGAACCUGAACCAGGUUUUGAUGAUGAUGAUAAUGGACAUGACUUGGAUCUUGAAAUGGGAGAUUCUGAAAGUUGUAAGGAGGAAGGAGUUGCUCCGUUAACUGCGGAAAGUCGGGCUGUUGAGGAAGAUGGUGUGAAGGUUGAGUCUCCAAGCCAGUUUGAUGUUGCUGAAAAUUUGGAAGAGGUGAAAGAAAUCGAGCUUAGCGGAUCAAAACUAAUGGAAAAACCUUUGUUAAAGGAUUUCAUCUCAAAAGGAGAGAACUCGGCGUCAAUAAGCAGGAAGAAACCUGCAGUUUCUUCCUUAAAGUCAUUGAUGACUGGUAGACCAUCAAAGCUGCCAUGUUCACCAGCUAAACCUGCUGCGCCAUUUCGCGCCAGAAAGGAAAACAAUGCCACCCCAAUCAACAAAGUGCCUGCAACAGAUUCCAUGGAUAGAAAGAAAAUAACUCCAAAAUCAACUCACAAGUCGAUGAAUUUCACUCCUGUCAGGGAAAUUAAUAGACUAACGUCAACAAUUAUUCGGAAGAUUGACAAUUCUAGAGUUGGUUCUAAUUCUAAAGCAUCCAAAGAUUGCUCAACCCCUCUAAGGACUCCGACCAUGGUUUCUCGGCUUAGAGAAUCCAAACAUCCUCUAGCCACUCCUCGGUCAGAAAAAAGAAGUACGAAUUUCAAAGCAACGACACCCCUUCACCCGUCAGCAAACGCUAGCAAAACAGUUAGCGCAAAAUGGCAUUUCCUGCCCACAGAUUGCUCAAAGUUUAUGAGUGCCUGCAGAAACAAAUCUCAAUCUCCAAGUACAUCUACACCUUUCAGCCUCAGGACUGAAGAAAGAGCUGCAAGAAGAAAGCAGAAGCUCGAAGAGAAAUUCAAUACCAAUCAGGCAGAAAAAGUUCAGCUGCAAGCAACACUAAAGGAGAUGGCAGAAACAGAAAUUAAAAAACUGCGCCGAACCCUUUGCUUCAAGGCCAGGCCACUGCCUAACUUUUACAAGGAAAGCAAGGCUUUAAAAAAUGAUAUGGACAAGGAUGCAUUGACACAACUAGAGUCACCAAACCCAGGAAGAACACCCAUUCACAGCAUGGCACAGACCACCUCUGAUCCUUCUCAAAAGCCAUCGGUCAAGAAUAGCGACUCAAAGCAGAUCACGGGAAAGAAAAGUCACAACCCUCGUUCUUUGGCUUCACGACUCAGAGAAAUUACCCGUGAGAAUACUUCUCCAAAUAUUCAGCAUGACAGAGCAGCAAACACUGCUGGAUUAAAGGUUUGGCCCUAGAAGCUUUUGGAUGAUGAAAUGCGCCAAAGCGAGCUUUGCAACUGAAGUAUGAGCUGCAUACUGAAGAUGAUUUGCGACGAAGCAAGACUAUUAACAAUGAAUCAUGCAAAUCCAGACUUGUUUGCAAAUGAACUAUCUUAUGACCAUUUUUUUAGAAAGCCUAGCCUAGGUUUGUGUAAAUUAGCUAAUUUGUGGCCCAGAUAUCAGUUGAAUAAAUGUAAAUUUCUAUUUGUUGAAAAA